AUGUCCAGAAGCUCCUACGACCGAUAUCUCACCGUAUUCUCCCCGGAGGGGAGACUGUACCAAGUCGAAUAUGCAUUCAAAGCCAUCACUGGCUCUGGGCACACCGCGAUCGCAGUGCGUGGUAAGGACACCGCAGUAGUCAUCACGCAGAAGAAGGUCCCCGACAAGCUGCUCGAUGCCUCGACUGUCACGCACCUCUUUAGUCUUACGCCCACGAUUGGUUGUGUUAUGACAGGCCUCAUCGCUGAUGCCCGCGCGCAAGUUAUGCGAGCACGUUCAGAAGCAGCUGACUUCCGUCACAAGUAUGGCUACGAGAUCACACCAGAUGCUCUCGCGCGGCGACUAGCAAACAUCAAUCAAGUGUACACGCAACGCGCUGCUAUGAGACCUCUCGGUAUAUCUAUGAUCAUCAUCGGCGUCGACCCUGAAUUCGGCCCGCAAUGUUUCAGGCUCGAUCCAGCAGGCUACUUCGUGGGUUUCCAUGCAGCAUCAGCGGGCCAGAAACAGCAAGAAGCCAUGAACCACCUCGAGAAGAAGUGGAAGAAGCUCGAUUCCGGACGGGGAGCUGAUGAUGCUGUGAAGGCAGGCAAAACGCUCGGCAGAGCAGAAGUCAUUGAGGGCCAGAUUGCAAUUGAGGCAAUCUCAACUGUGCAUGCCACCGACUUCAAGCCUGGCGAGGUCGAAAUUGGCAUCGUGUCGGACAGCGAGGACGAGAACGUGAAGACGCGGGGAAAGUGGCGCGUCAUGGAUGAGGCAGAGAUCGAAGAGCACUUGCUCGCGUACGCAGAGAAGGACUGA